UGUUAGUUCAAGCUUUGUGAGUGGCGGGCAAGAUGACCACACUUGUUCUGGACAACGGGGCUUAUAAUGCAAAGAUUGGUUACAGCCACGGACAAGUGAGUGUAAUUCCCAACUGUCAGUUCAGAACCAAAACAGCACGUUUAAAAACAUUUACAGCUAAUCAGAUUGAUGAAAUAAAGGAUCCAUCAGGCUUAUUUUAUAUUCUCCCAUAUCAAAAGGGUUAUUUGGUCAACUGGGAUGUCCAGAGACAAGUUUGGGACUACCUUUUUGGGAAGGAAAUGUUUCAGGUGGACUUUCCUGAUUCUAAUAUAAUUAUUACAGAACCUUAUUUUAACUUCAGUUCUAUUCAAGAAUCCAUGAAUGAAAUUUUGUUUGAAGAAUAUCAGUUCCAGGCAGCUCUCAGAAUUAAUGCAGGAGCUUUGAGUGCGCACAGGUAUUUUCGAGAUAACCCAUCGGAAUUGUGCUGCAUCAUUGUAGACAGCGGUUAUUCAUUUACACACAUUGUGCCAUUCUGCAGAAGUAAGAAGAAAAAAGAAGGCAUAAUAAGGAUUAACGUUGGAGGAAAAUUAAUGACAAAUCAUCUUAAAGAAAUCAUUUCAUACAGGCAGCUGCAGGUUAUGGAUGAAACACAUGUAAUUAACCAAGUCAAAGAAGAUGUUUGUUAUGUGUCUACAGAUUUUUAUAAAGAUAUGGAAACUGCAAAACUAAAAGGAGAGGAGAACUCGGUGAUGGUGGACUAUGUUCUGCCUGACUUCAGCACCAUCAAAAAAGGGUUUUGCAAGCCAAGGGAAGAGAUGGUGUUUAGUGGAAAGACCACAGCUGGAGAGCAAAUACUACGUUUGACCAAUGAGAGAUUUGCUGUCCCUGAAAUCCUUUUCCAUCCCUCAGACAUUGGGAUUCAAGAAAUGGGAAUUCCAGAAGCAAUUGUGCAUUCCAUUAAUAAUCUUCCUGAAGAGAUGCAGCCUCAUUUCUACAAGAACAUUGUUCUCACUGGCGGAAACACACUAUUCCCUGGUUUUAGAGAACGGGUAUUUUCUGAGGUCCGAAAGCUCACACCCACAGACUUUGACGUCUCAGUGAUAUUACCUGAAAACCCCAUCUCAUAUGCCUGGGAAGGAGGAAAGAUAAUAUCUGAAAAUGACGACUUUGAAGACAUGGUGGUAACCAGGGAAGACUAUGAGGAAAAUGGCCAUAUUAUUUGUGAAGAAAAGUUUGAUAUUUAGUUCAGACAUUACAUAAAAAAUGUAAAUAAUAGGAUAAAUUUUACUUAAUGUAUUAUUAAUUAUGAGGAAAUGUCAUUUUUUUACUAUUUAUGAAGUAAACUUGCAUUUUCAUGAAGUAUCUGCAUUUGUAAAUAAAUCUCUUUAUAAG